AUGAAAAAUGUAAAUAAGCAAUCUAGUGGUAUUUCACAAAAUUUAACAAAAAUAUUAAGUAAUAUUGAAAAUAUUUUAAAAAAAAAUGCGGAGAAUAUAUUUUAUGUAAAAAAUAUUAUCUGUUAUUUUUAUUUCAGUUAUUACAUAACGCAUUCCCCCAUUGAUGAUGAUUCUUUAAGAGCAUUAGAAAGAAAUAAGAGAAAAACGUUUUUAUCAUUAAAUGAAAGAUUAAAAUUAAUAAGUGAAACAAUCCUGUAUAUAUUAAAAAAUGACAUAUUCUCUUAUAACAAAAUAAUUUUAAAUAAAGAAUUCAUUAUUUUAGAAAAUUACCAAAAUGAAAAUUUCAUAAUAGAAAAUUAUUUAAAUAGUGUAAGGAGAGGGAAAAAGGAAAUUUUUCUAGAUUUUUUAAAAAUAAAAAUAAAAAAUGAAGAAUUGCUUCCUUUUAUGGUAUUACUAUGCUGUAGUGAUUAUAAUAAUAUAGAAAAUAUGUGUAUUUUUAUGGUUAUAACAUUAUAUAUAAUUUAUACAUUUUUAGAAAAAUAUAAUGUAAAAACUAAAUUAUUAAUAGAAGAAAUGAAUAUUUUUGAAUUAGAUAAAUUAUAUUUAUAUAUAUCUGAUAGAUAUAAAAUGGACGGUUAUUUUAUGUGUACAAAUAAAGUAAUUAAUAUUGUUAUAAGUUUUUAUAUAAACUUAUUAAAUAUUGGUAAAAAUGAAUUAUUAAAUAUAAUUAAUGGGAAAGUAGUUUUUAGAAACAUAAAUAAGAAUAAAACGAAAUAUAAAAAUUCUAUUAUUUUAAGCAGUUUUAUAGAAGCAAAUAUUGAUAAAAAUAUCAUGUAUGAAAAAUUAAGAUUUUUAUUUAUAGCAAUAUGUGAUGGAUUAUUACUAAUUUUGGAAAAUUUAGUAUGUGUUAAUUAUUUAACUUUUGUUAUUUUAGAUGUUUUUAUACUUGUAUCUAAAUAUUAUCCAUGGUUUAUAAUAAAAAAUAUAGAAAAAUUUAUUAGUUUAUUUUGUAAAUUUGUUUUAAAUUCACAAUUAUUCUUUUUUUUCAUAAACAAAUUACAUGGAAUUUUUAACAACGAAAAAUUAUUGACUUUUGAAGUCUAUUCCAAAGCAGUUAAUUGUGUUUUAGAAAAAUUAGACAGAAAUUAUGAUAAUGUUCAAGAAUUAUUUCUUUUAUUAUUUUUUUAUAUUAUUUGUAUAAAACUUUUUUUGAUUCAACUUUUAAAGAAUGAUAUACAUAAUGUAGAAUUUUUAUUUUUAUCUCUGAAUUAUUUGAAUAAUUAUUUAUGCCAUCUAAUUAGAAUAUGGAAUUUUAAUUUUCCUAUUUUUCUUUCAUUUAAAAAAUUAAUUAAUGAAUAUAUUAAUAUAUAUGUAUUGUUGAUAAAUAACCUUUUAAUUUUUGAUACAUCACUAUUUUCUGAAAAACAAAUAAUAGAAGGAAAUACUUUGUUACAAUAUUUCAUUAAUGAAAAUAUAAAAUGCUCAUUAAUUUACAGCAAACAUAUAAGAAAUCACGAAAUGAAUGCAUACAUGUUAAACUUAUUAGAAAGAGCAAUUGAUAAAAAUGUGCAUCUAGAAAAAAUAAAUGAUUAUGAUAUAGAAAAGGAAGAAAAGGAAAAAACAAAGGAUAUAUAUAACAGUAUUCCUAAUAAAGAAAAAUCGAAUAAUGAAAAAGAAUGUAUAAAAGAAAAUAGGAAACAAAUAGUAGAUUAUAAAGAUUUAAAUAGAUUUAAAAAUGAAGAUAAUGCUGAUUAUUUAAAAAUUUGUAAAGCUCUAUUAAAGGAUUUUUCUGAAAUUCUCAUUUCAUGUAUUUAUAAAAUGAAGGAUAAAAAAAAAUUAAUUGAAAUUGUUAUAAGUAAUUUUAAGAAAAUAAAUAGUACAAAUAAAAAUUUCUUAAAGUUUUAUUUUAUUAAUAUUAUACUACCUUUUAAAAAAUUUUUUAACGAUAAUUACAUAAAAAAUAGAUUAUUUUACAUAUAUACCUAUAUAGUAAGAAAAUUAAAAGUACAGGAAAUAAAAGCAUAUAUCUUCAGUGAAAUUAUAUUCAUAAAUUAUUAUAUUUCUAAUGUAUUAAAAACCUUAAAGUAUUCUCCAUUUUUGUUCUAUUAUUUAGAAUAUAAUAAAAAUAAGAUCGAUGCCACUUUCUUUAAUAAUUCCUUAUUUAAAGAAGAUUAUAACAUAUAUUUUUAUAAGUUUUAUAAGAACAAUUUAGAUUAUUUUUUUUUAAUUGUAAAUUCUUGUAAAAAAGAGCAUCCUAUAUUACCAAUAAUAAUAUAUAACAUUUAUAUUUUUUAUGAAAUAACGAAAAACAUUUCUGAUUAUUUUCAGUAUGAUAAGACAUAUUUAAAUAACCUAUUGUAUUAUUAUAAUUGCAAUAAUUUAAUGAAAUUUUAUUUAUUGUUUUUAAAUAUAUUGAGAAAAAUUUACAAGGAAAAAAACUGCUUUUUAAAAAUGGAGGAUAAUAUAAAAAAUGAUGAAAUAGUUUUUUAUUUCUUAAGUAUGUUUUUUAACUUAAAUGAUUUCAAUAAUUUUUUCAUAAACUUCUUUGUUGAUUUAUAUUUAUUUUAUAAAUCAUGUAAAAAUCUAUUUUUUCUCUAUAUUUUUUUUCAAAACUUUGAUAGAAGUUUAUACUUUUCAUUUUUAAAAGAAUUUUUUAAAUUUCCUUUUUUCUUAUUACACAAAGAAAAAUUUUUAGGAGGACAAACAAAAAUUAACAAAGAUACAUAUAUUCAUUGUAAUUUUAUAUCAGAAAUUCAAAAUAACUCAGGAUAUGUUGUAAAAAAUAAGGAUUUCAAUAAUUUUCAAGUGUAUCAGAAACAAAAUAUAAAUAAAAAAGAAUCGAAAUAUACAAGUAGUGAGCAUAGGAAAGAAAAUGAGAAUACUGUAAAUUACAAUUACAUUAAUGAAACCGAUGUCAAAAUAAAUAAAAGUGAUAAUAAAAAUUAUAAUAGCAUUGAUAAAAAUAAUAAUACUAAUAACGAUUCCUAUAGCAGUAUUAUGGGUACAGAUAAAAUUAAUAUGGAAAAAAAAAAUAAAAACAAGAAGGAUAUUAAUAUGAAUAUACAAAAUUUAAGAAGUUAUUUUUUAAUUAAUAUAAUUAAUAAUAUUUUUGAUGAAUUAAAGUGUUUUAUAUUACAGGAUAAUUUUUACGAAGUAAUUAAAGAUAAUAACGAAAAAAUAUAUAUAGAAAACAAUUAUAAGAAAAAUAAAAUUCAUUUGUUUAUUUUAACAUUACUAAAAACAGAUAUAUUAAAUAAAGAUUUUAAAAGUAUAGAAAAAUAUAAUUUAAAUGUUAAUGACUUUUUUGUUUAUUUUAUAUUAGAAAAGAACUCGUAUAUUUUUAAUUGUUUGCUUUCCAAAUCAUCUAUUCAUGCGCAUAAAGUAACAAAAUUUUAUAAAAAUUGUCUUUCUUAUUUUAAAAUUAACAUAGAAGAUAUUUUAAAUAAAAAAUUUUCAGAAACCUACACAUCCCUAGAAAACAGAAAUAAAAAGAAAAACAAUUUUUUUAAUGAACUAAAAUAUUUCAUUAAAGAAUUUGACAGUUUAAAUUUAUUUAAAAAUUAUAAAAAGUUAAAGCGAUCACUAAAUAAUAUAUAUAAGAAUGAAACAAAUUAUGAAGAAAGUGACUGUAUUUCAUAUAAUGAUGAAACAAAGCUGAAAUGGAUAAUUGAUUGUAUUAUAAAACAAAAAGAAACAAAAAAAGAAGAAAAAAAUAUAAAAAAUAAAGAUUUAGUUAAUUAUGAUGUUUAUAACAUUAAUUUAUUAUUUGUUGGAUAUUGUUUAAUCUUAAAUUGCUUAAAAUAUAAAUCAAAAAAUAAAAAAGAAUCAUUUCUUAUGUUGGCAAAUAUGUUUGACAUGUUUUUGAGUAAAUUAAAAAAUUAUAAUUAUUUAAAAAAAUAUAAAUGCUUACUAAAGAAUGCCCAACAUAUGAUUGAUUUAAUAUAUAUAAUGGAUGCAUAUCAGUUAAAGAUUACUAAUAAAUUAAUAACUAUUAUUCAUGAUGGAAAUGGUUUUUCCAACAAUUCAAAUAUCAGUUUGUUUUUACAUAAUAAAUUAGAAGCAUAUAAAAAAAAUUAUUUAGAUAAAUAUUUUUCUAUUAAUCUUUAUACUUUUUAUUUAAAUCACAUAAAUAUUUACAGCUGCUGGAAAAAAUUAACAAUUUUUAAAAACAUUAUAUCUAAUGAUAAUUUUUUAUAUUUUAAUACAUCAUAUAUUUUUUCAAUAUUUGAUCAAAUACUCAAUGAUUUAAUAGAAAACUUAACAAAUCAAAUAUCCCAGAGAGAAGUAAACUUAAACAUAACUGUCAAUUACAAAUAUACAAAAGAAUAUAAUGAUGAUUUUUAUAAAAUAAUAGAUAAUUUUAUACAUAUAAUGUAUAUCAAUAAUAUUUUAACUUUUAUAUCUAUUUAUUCAAAGGAAUCCUUCUAUAUUUAUUCCUUGUUCGAUUUUUACAAUAAAAUGAAAUUUUUUUUGAGCCAGAUAUUUCAAGAAAACUAUAAAAAUUAUGAUUAUAAUAAAAGAAGGAAUAUAUUCAUGCGUUAUUUUAAUAAGACAAAUAAAAGUGAUAAAAAUAAAAAUUAUAGCAAUGUUAAUACUAAAGAUAAUAACAUUAAUAAUAAUUUCCUAAAUAAAAGUGAUGAUAACAAAUAUAUUAAAAAUUAUGACAGGGAUAACAUUCACUAUUCUAAUAAAAGUGAUAAUGAUAUAAAUGAAGAUAUUUGCCACACUUUAAUUUCUCAUUUUCCUUUUUGCUUAUUAGAUAUAAAUAAAAUAAUAAAUUUAUAUAUUGAUUUUAUAAAUAACAAUUUUAUUAAUAUAGUAUAUUAUUUUGAAAAUAAUAAAAAAGUAUUAACUUUAAUUUCUAGCUGUCUAUGUUUUAUAAAUAAAGAAGAUAAUAAUAAAAAUAACAAAGAUGAUAUAUCGAAAUAUUAUGGUAAUUUAAUACUGUGUAAUACGUAUUUUUUUAAAAGUGUAAUUUAUAUAUAUAUGCAGAGUUGCAUAUAUUCAAGUAACCCAUUGCACAUUUAUAAUUUUUUAAAAAAUUUGACUAGUAUAAACAAAAAUAUAUUAAGUACGCAUAUAAAAAAAUAUUUAUUAAGUAUGUAUUUUUUAAAAAAUAAGGAUUUUUAUUUUUGUAGGAUGUUUAUUGAAAACACUUUGUAUGAUUUGGAAGAAAAAAAUAAUGAAAAAAAUUUUAUUUAUGAUUUAAAUUCAUAUGAUGAUUUAAUAAAUUUAUAUUUUAUGAAUAUUUCAUUUUGUGAUAAUAAAUGGAAAUUAAGAAAUUUAUGUGAAAAUUUAAAUCAAAAUAUAUAUUUGUAUUCAAAUCAUGUAGAUAAAAAAAAUGACUUUUUAAAUCUCAUUAUAAAUUAUUAUGAUCAUAAUUUAUCUAUAAUUUAUAAUUCAAAAUAUGAUAAAGAAAAUUCCUUUUAUAAUUAUGAUGACAUUAAAAGAAGAGAACAAUCCUCAGACAGUUAUGAGAAAUAUCAUAAAAAUAAUGACAUUGGUAGUGAUUACGAUAUUAACUAUAGUGUUAAUACAAAUAUAUAUAAUUUAAAAUUAAAAAGAAAUUAUAUUUAUAAUGAUAUCUUAAAAAAAGAUGCUCUAUUUAUUAUUAAGAAUAUUAGAAAAAAUAAAUUAAUUUAUGAGAAUGAUGAAAAACUAGAAAAAGCUAAAUUUCUAUUUUAUAACUUUAAUAAAUAUUUAAAGGAAAACUCUUUUUAUUGUUAUGAUUUUUAUAUCAGAAAAAAAUUAUUCUCUGGUUAUAUUAAUAAUAAUAGUAAAAUAAAUAAAUUAAUAAAAAAGAGUAAAUUCAAUCACACAAAUAAUGUAAAUAUAUUUAACACAAAUGAUUUGAAAGAAAAUUUUGCUAAUCAUAGUAUAUAUAAAUAUUGCUCUUAUAGAAAUAGAAAAGACAUUUUAAUUUUUUUUUUGAUAAAUAAAAUAUUAAAUUAUUGUAAUAAAAAAAAUAGUUUUUUUUCUAUUUAUUUAUUAUUAAAAAAUAAUUACAAAUAUAAAAAUUAUAUAGAAAAUAAUAAUAUAUUUUUUUCAAUUAUUAGUAAUAAAUACGCAGAUAAAUUAUCAGUAAAAGAUAGAUUAAAAAAUUAUGAAGAACUAAAUAAAUUGUUAUUUCGUCAUAUUUAUGUAAAAGAAAGAUCUUUUUUAAACAAACCUAUUUUAAAAUAUGAAAAUGAAUAUAUACUAGGUAAUGAAGUAGAUAUUGAUUAUUCUAAAAUGAAUGAAAAUUAUUUAAAUUUUAUUUACUUUUCACUAAAUAAAGGAAACUAUUGUAAAAAUAGCAAUAUUAAUGAACAUACUGAAUAUAUAAAUAAUAUAGAAAAUGAAAAGUAUAGUAAUACAUUUUUAUCUAAUAAUUAUGAAGAUAAUUUUUUUAAACAUUUAUAUUAUGAGUAUACGAACGAAGAAUAUUUAAUAAUCAAUGAAAUUAAAAAAAAAAAAACAAAUAUUCAUUAUUCUUAUUGGAAUAAUAGAUACAAAAAUAAUUUAUUUUUAUUAAAAUUAUAUUAUGAAUUAUAUGUAGCUAAAAAAAAAGGAGAAUCACAUAAGAAGUGCAAUGGAUAUAUAGACAUCUAUUAUGUAGUAGAAUUAAAAAAAAUUAGAAAGUUAAUUAUAAAAUUUAGUAAUUCCAAACAAAAAUUUUAUGAUUGGAAUUACAUAAAAUCGUAUUUAUAUGAUAAAAAAAAGGAUAAUAGUUCAUAUACUGAUAUAAUUUUAAAUCAUUUAUUAUUUUUACAAUAUACUAAAACAUUAUUUUUAUAUAAUUCAAUUAAUUCUAUGACAAAUUCUUUUGAUUAUUCAUUUAAUUAUAAUGUAAAUCAAAAAAAUAAUGAUAAUUCCAUCUAUAUAAAAAAUAAUUUUAAAUUAAAAAAUAAAUUAUUGUUUUUCUUUAAAAACUUGUUUAUUUUUUAUAAUGAAAAAGAAAUUCUAAAAAAAAUGUUAUUAAGAAAUAUUAAAACAAGAAAAGGUGAAAUGUUAUUUGAAGAAGUCAAUAAACUGAAGUUAAAAAAUAAAAGUAUACCAAAAAUUUGUGAAGAAAAAGAAGUAACAUGCAUAGACCAUGGAUAUAACAAUAAUCUUACUUGCGAUUAUAAUUUGAUAGAUAAAAAUAAUCAAAAUGAUGAAAAAAAUGAGAUAAAAACAAAUGAAACACAAGAUAAUUUUAUAAAUAAUUCUCCAGCAGAUUUUGAUAUAUGUAUUUACGACUUUAUUAUAAAAAUUCCUAUAUAUAUGUAUGCGUUAAUUUAUAGAAACAUAUUAAAUUACCUUUUUGAAAAAAAUGAAGAUUUAAAUUUAAAGAGAAUUAUCUUUUUUUUGUUUCUUCAUUUAUACAAAAAAAUACCUGAAAUCAUUACUGUUCAUAUAACUGCUUUUUAUAAAAUGUUUAUAUAUGAUCAAUAUGUAAAAAAUUUUAAUAAAAAUUUUUUUUCUUUACUUUGUUACAAACAGAAUAAUCUUAAUAAAAGUAAGAAUUACCAAAAAGGGAAUAAUAUGCAUAAUGAUGAAUUUUAUUUAACGAAUAGUUUAUAUGAAAAAAAAAUUGCUCUUCAUAGUUAUGAUUCAAAAAAUGAAAUAAAAACUGAGCAAGAGAGAAUAAUAAAUGAGUGUGAAAAUACGAAAGAACAUACAGCAAAUUUCAUUCUUUACAGUGACAAUGAAAAAGAAGAAAAUAAAUUUCAUGAAAUUUAUACUGAUUCAUAUGCAGAAGAAAAUGAAAAAGUGAAUAACUUAUUAUGUGAUGAUUUUAUUAUACGUAACAAUAUCACAAUUGUUCAAUUUUUUAAUAAGAUAAAAGAUUCAAAUUUUUUAUUUUAUUUAGAUUUUAACAAUAGUUUAACAAGCUUAUUAAAUUCAUUUGAAUUAAUUUUUUCUAGGAUUUUUCAAAUAUUAUUGUCUUAUGUGAAGCAUUUAACGAAUAUUUAUUUAAAAAAUGUUCGAUUCUCUUAUUGCUUGAAUUUUGAAGAAACAAAGGAUUCUGUUAAAUCAAGACUUAGAGAAAAAGAUUUAUCAGAAAAUGAGGAAACUGUAAAAUAUGAAUUAGAAAAUUUUUGGAAAAGCAAAUUUUUAUUCCUUUUAAUUUUCCUUAACGAGUUAGUUCUUUAUUUGAAUAAUGAAUGUGAAAACAAUAGUACAUAUCUUAAAUAUUUUUUUUCUCAUAUGCAUUUAAUGUCUGAGUUUUCAAAUAUUAGUAACCUAGAUUUUUACAUAAAAAAUUUGAUUGAAGAAGAAUUAAGAAAAAUAUAUAUACUGUUCAUAGAUUUCUAUUGUUAUUUAUAUAUUAAUAAAAAAAUUAAACUAACUAAAGAUAUAGAAGUUAAUAUAAAAAAACAUAUUUUUAUAACGCAAAAUGGAGAUAUGCCUGGAUUUAAUAUAAAAUAUUUUGAAGCAUUAAAAGAAUUUUUAUAUAAUUUUAAUAAUUUUUUGUAUAAAAUUAUUGAAAAUAAUAAAAUUGUUGACUUAAAAAAUUGUUUCUUUAGUGAUUUUAUAGAAUACAAAUCUUCCUCAAAAAACUCGGAGUUUAUUAAUUUACAUUUAGAAGAAAAAAUAUCAUAUGACAUGAUAUCAUAUAAUAAAAUAGUUAAUUUUAGAAACGAGGUAUAUACAAUUAAAAUAAAUAAUCCUAUGAAAAUUAUAACAAUUAUUUUUCAAAAUGGCAAUAUAAAUUCAUAUAUAACUAAAAGUGGGGAGGACUUGAGGAUAAAUAAAUAUAUAUCCGAUAUUUUUGAUUUUACAUUUCAUUUAAUAAAUAAAAAAAAAUUUAAUAAGAAUUCUCUAUAUGAUAAAUUAUUAUAUAAUAAUAUUUUUCGUGUAAAUAAAAAUUUCGAAAAUACCAUUUUAGAAAAUGAGGAAAUAUUUUUUGAUUUUAGCAAAUAUAUUCCCGCACAAUCGUCUGACAUAAUAUAUUUAUCUAAUGCAAUAGGUUUAAUAAAAAAGAAUAAGAAUUUAAUAUCUAUUUUAUCUUUAAUUAAUGAUGAAAAUAAGAAAAAAUUUAAUGAAAUUUAUAAUGAAAAAUUAACUGAGAAGAUAAAAAAGUAUGAGGAAAAAAAAUUGGUUGAGAGAUAUAGCAAUAUUUGUAGUAAAGAAAAAAUAGAGUUUGAAAAUAAAAAAAAUGAAAUAGAAAAAAAUAAUAAAUAUGUAGAGAUGAAAAAUAAUAAUGUAAAUAAUAUAAAUAAUAUUACCAAAAAAGAAAAAGAAAGAAUAUUAAGAGAAGUCUAUGAUGAAUUAAAAGUAUAUUAUGAGAAAGAAACAUAUAGUAUUAAAUUAUAUAUACAUAUGUUAAGUAACGAUAAUAAAGAAUAUUUUAAUAAUAGAAAAAAAUAUACAUCAUCUUUAAUUUUUAAUAGUUGUAUAAAUUUCAUCGCAAAGAUUGGUGACAGGCAUUUAAAUAAUAUCCUAUAUGAUUAUAUUAAUCAUGAAAUUUUAAAUAUUGAUUUAAAUUUAACUUUUCAAAAGGGAUUAUAUUUGGCCAAUCCUGAAGUAGUACCUAUAAGAAUAACUGACAUUUUCUGGAAAGCAUCCCUAUUUAAUUUCUCUAAUUCUACUUUUAUUUAUAAUUUAAAUAAAAUAUCAUCUAUUAUUUAUCAAUAUAAAAGUUAUUAUUUAAAUAAUUUUUUUCAAUUUUUUUUUUAUCCUUUUUAUAAUCAUAAAAAUAGAAAUUUCUUUCAUAUAUUACAGUUUAAUCAUUUAUUAAAAAGUAAUUGUUGUAUUAAUAAUUAUAUAGAAAAAAAGCGCUCAGUACAAAGCAUUAAUGAUUUAUUAUUUUUUAUUAAUUCUAUGAUCAAGUGUUUUAAUAAUAUAUAUAUGAAUCAUAGUUUCAUAAUUAAUAACAUAAAUAAGUUUAAGAAAAUUAUACCUUCUUAUUUUCAUUCUAUAUAUUAUAAUAAUAAUAAUCUAAAAAGAAAAAUUGUUAAUUUAAUAAAUAAUAGUAGAUUAUAUUACUAUCAUUUUAGAAAAAUUGUAAAUUCUUCCAAUGACUAUAUAAAACAGAUAUUUUAUAAGAUUUCCCAAUUAAUAAAUAAUUACAAAUUUGUUGAAAAGAAAAGAAAAGAGGGAGUUAAAAAAGAAAAAGUUGAUGAAGAAAAUGAAGAAACAAAGAUAGAAAUAAAAAAUACCUUAAUAAGUAGAAUAAAUGAAAAUAGACAAUUAAAUGAUUAUCCAUAUGCAUUUAUUAAGACAAAUGGCAAUAAUGAAUUUUUUUAUGAUAAAGAUUUAAGUGGCAAUAACAAGAAUGUUUUAGAAUUCGAUUUUAAAUAUAAUAUAAAAUAUCUUUUAAAAAAAAUACCUCUAUAUUAUUUAAGUAAAUUACUUAAAAUAUUUCAAUUAAAAGAAAUAAAUAAAUUAUAUUUAUUAAAAAUUGAAAAGUACAUAAAGAGAUUAUUUGUAAUUUAUAACCAAAAUUAUUUAACAAAUAAAAUAAUUAAAAAGAAAUUUCACACCGUAAAAGAUUGUAUAAAAGAAUGUUUAAGAAUUAAUAAUAAAAAUAUAAAUAAUGAAUCAUUAAUAGAAAUAAAUAACAUUUUAUAUGAUAAUUUUUUAAUAAUAGAAAAUAUUAUAAGUAAAAAUACGAAGACUCAUUUCAUUUAUAUAUAUUUCAUUUCUUUUAUGUUUUAUGCUUUUUCUAUUAAUUUAAAAAAAAUUAUGAAAACAUAUAUAUCACAUAAAAAUAAUUCUAUAAAGUAUUUCUUGCAAGAAACCUUUUUUUUUCCUCAAGUGAAAAGAAAUUAUUUAAGAAAAAUAAUAAUUAAAACUAGUAAAUAUUUAUACAUUUUAAAAAAUAACAAUAUCUUAUACUAUUUAUCAAAUGAAGAUAAUAAAACUAAAGGUGAUAAUAAAUAUUUACCUAAAGAAACAACAAAAUAUUCAAAAAAUGAUAACAGUCAUGAUAUUAAUUUCCUAUACACGAAAGAAUAUGAAAAAAUAAAAAAUUAUUUAAUUGCUAUUAAUGAACAUAUAAGUAAUAUAAGUAAGAUUUAUAAUGUGAUUAAAAAAAAAUAUGCAAAUUUAUUAAAUUUAAUUAUAAUUUAUUCUACAUUAUUUAUAUUUUUGUACUUGAAGAAUACUGACUUGAAAAUUGAAGAAAAGGAAAAGAUAUUUUAUACCUAUUAUAGCAACUUUAAAUUAAAAUAUGAUUUUUUUUAUACAUAUAUAUAUAAUUCUCCUUUAGAAGAUAACACAUAUAUUUAUUAUAUUUCUUUUAAAAUUUUAUAUAUAAUGAAAUAUAUACAAUAUUUUUUACAAAAUAAUUAUUACAAAUAUUAUUUAAAUUUACUAUUAUGCAUAGAAGAAAAUAAUAAAACAAAAAAGAAGAUAUAUACUAAUAAUAAUAAUGUGCAUAGUCAAAAUAUAAAAUUAGGAAUUAAGCAAAAAAGAUACAAUACAUUAUAUAAGUUGAAAAGAGCAAAAAUGAAGAAAAAAUCAAAAAAAAGGAAAAGAAGUUUUAUAUUCAUUCAUAAAAUUAAUAUAAAAAGCAAUAUAAGACAUUAUGCUAGCUCUCAUUACAAGAAUAGAAACCUCUUAAAUUAUUUUAAUUUUUUAAUUUAUUUAUUAAGUAAAAAUAAUUUUAAGAAAAAUAUAAUGAAACAAAUAAACAAUUUUUAUAAAUAUUUGAUCAUUUUUCACAAUAUAAAAAUGAGUAAUAAAAAGAAAAUUAAUAUUGUAUAUGCAUACAAAAAAAUAACUGGAUUAUACCGAUUUUAUGAUUUAAAUGUACAUUAUAAGAAAAAUAUAAUUGAUAUAUAUAAAGACAAAAAUUUAUAUUUUUAUAAACCUUUUUAUGAUUCAAAAAUGUUUUUAUAUGAUAAAAAUGACUUAGAUUAUUCGGAAAAUUCUGAUGAUAGUGUUACUUAUAAUGAAAAAGAUAAUCAAUUAACAUUUCAAAAAAGUUUAUACCAGAGUAAUCAUAAAAUGAAAAAAAUAAAAGAAUUUAAAAAGGGAAAUAGAAAGAAUUACUUCAUUCAAAAAACAAAAAUGAAUAUAAUAUCAUUUGAAAAAUUCCAAAAUAUUAAAAAAUUACAUAAAGAAAUAGAAAAGGAGAAGUUACAUUUUAAUGAGUUAAAUAUGCUUUAUUAUAUGACACAUUUUGAAAAUAACAAUGAUGUUCAUUUUUUUAAUCAGAAAACUUAUUACAAUGAAAAAGAUUGUGAUAUUUUGUUAUCCUCUAAAAGUUUAAUAUCCUCUAUUUAUUAUACACAACAUGAUUUUAUGAAAAAAAGAAGGAAAACUGAUAAUUUAGAUUUUUUAAGAAAAAGUAAUUUAUUUCAAAAAGUUUUUUAUGUUUCAAAGUCACCAAAUUAUUUAUCUAAAAUAUAUGAAGGAUGGGCACCAUGGUUGUAA